AUGAAAAGUUCAUGUCGAGGACAAAAAGUUCACAAAUCUGUGAACUUUGUUCAUGAUCUGGCAACACUGUGUGAUGAGUUUGCUAACGAAAACACCCAGCAUAUGCUUUUGAUUUUGGAUUUCCAUGUGGACCAUAUAUUGACAGCAAAUAGAAUUGAUUUUGAACAUUCAGAUGAUGAAAAUUGGUUCUCAGAUGAGUCUAAAG